GACGGAGAACAGCAGGACCCAAGAAUAUGCGGAACCCCUUGUGAGGCCCCGGCUCUCCGGCGGACUCUUGGCUGGGUUGCACAACAGCGGUGGGCGGAUCCAUUGACAGGCAGCUGGAUCAGCCAAUAACAGCCGAGGAACGGGGCGGCCGCGGCUCGCUCGCCAAUGAGCGCCGGAGGGGCGGGGCCACACCCGGAAGCGGCGAGGGGCGCGGGAGCAGCACCGGCAGCACCGGGGAGCGGGAGAAGCCGCCGCGAUGUCGGAACGGAAAGUGCUGAACAAAUAUUACCCCCCGGACUUCGAUCCGGCCAAGAUCCCGAAGCUGAAGCUCCCCAAGGACCGGCAGUACGUGGUGAGGCUGAUGGCCCCCUUCAACAUGAGGUGCAAGACGUGUGGGGAGUACAUCUACAAGGGCAAGAAGUUCAACGCCCGCAAGGAGACGGUGCUGAACGAGUCCUACCUGGGGCUGCCCAUCUUCCGCUUCUACAUCAAGUGCACGCGCUGCCUGGCUGAGAUCACCUUCAAGACAGACCCCGAGAACACGGAUUACACCAUGGAGCACGGCGCCACCAGGAACUUCCAGGCAGAGAAGCUCCUGGAGGAGGAGGAGAAGAGGAUGCAGAAGGAGAGGGAAGAGGAGGAGCUCAACAACCCCAUGAAGGUCCUGGAGAACCGAACCAAGGACUCCAAGCUGGAGAUGGAGGUGCUGGAGAACCUGCAGGAGCUGAAGGAGCUCAACCAGCGCCAGGCCAACGUGGAUUUUGAGGCCAUGCUGAAGCAGCACAAGGAGCUGGAGGAGGAGCAGAGGCGCAAGGAGCAGGAGGAGGAUGAGCAGGAGAUGAAGGCCAUGCUGGAGCAGGCCCAGAACCGCCGGCUCCUGGUGGAUUCUGACUCCGACGAGGAAGCGGCAAAAGCUCGCCCCAACGCCACGGGCCAGGCAAAACCCACGGACAUCCUGCAGGAGGACCCCCAGCCCCAGAGCAAGAAGCCCAGGACAGAGAGCUGGGAGCGCAGCGUGGGCAAGCUCAGCACCAGGGCCCAGCUGGCAGGGCUGGUGGCCCCCAGGAAGCAGAAACCAGAUCCUGCCCUGGAAAACAGGAUGGAAACCCCAAGGAGCACGGCCAGCACUGCAGCAGCAGCAGCAGCAGCAGCCACGUCCUCGCUGGGUUUGCUGGGAGCCUACUCGGACAGCGAGGGCAGCGCCAGCGACUGAGGAGCCGGCGGGGCGGGGACAGCCGGGACAGGGCCGGGACAGCAGGGACAGAGCUGGGACAGCAGGGACAGAGCCGGGACAGAGCCGGGACAGAGCUGGGACAGAGCCAGGACAGAGCCUG